AGUCCAGCCCAGCGGCCUCCUUUGUGACCCACACUUCAGCCUAAGCCCUGCCCUUUGGUCCAUAGUCUCAGCAAAGGAGCCUUAAUAACAGGUCUUCAGGGGAGCCCCAGGAACUACUUCCGGUAAAGAGGGUGAGCUACAAGGGUCUCUGUGCGCUCUGCAUCAUGGUGAGGAAUGUAGACGACCUGGACUUCCAUCUGCCUUCACACGCCCAGGACAUGCUGGAAGGCCUGCAGCGUCUGCGCUCCCUGCCCAAGCUGGCGGAUGUCACGCUACUGGUUGGUGACCAGGAGCUGCCCUGCCACCGCAGCCUUCUGGCGCUGAAUAGCCCCUACUUCCACGCCAUGUUUGCCGGAGACUUUGCUGAGAGCUUUUCCGCACGUGUGGAGCUGAGAGACGUAGAGCCGGCUGCAGUGGGGCAGCUCGUGGACUUCGUGUACACGGGCCGGUUGACCAUCACUCAGAGCAACGUGGAGGCGCUCACCCGCUCCGCCUCACGCCUGCACUUCCCCACCGUACAGAAGGUCUGCGGCCGGUACCUCCAGCAGCAGUUGGAUGCUACCAACUGCUUAGGCAUCUGCGAGUUUGGGGAACAGCAAGGGCUGUUGGGUGUGGCUGCCAAAGCCUGGGCCUUCCUGCGGGAGAACUUUGAGGCAGUGGCCCAAGAGGAUGAGUUCUUGCAGCUGCCUAGAGACCGCCUGGCCACCUGCCUGGCCAGCGACCUCCUGCAGGUACAACCGGAACAGAGUCGGCUCGAGGCCCUGCUGCGCUGGGUGCGCCAUGACCCCCAGGACCGGGCCGCCUACCUGCCCGAGCUCCUCAGCCUGGUGCACCUGGAUGCCCUGCCUAGGCCCUGCGUGCAACAGUUGCUGGCCACAGAGCCACUGAUCCAGGAGUCAGAGGCGUGUCAGGAGGCCUUGUCCCAGGGCCACAGUGCGGAGCCUCCUGGCCUCCCACAGAAGAUGCAGGAGGUGCUGGUGGUUGUAGGAGGACGGGCGCUGGAGGAGGAUGAGGAGGGUGGUGAGGAACCCAGCCCCCACACCGGGAACUUUGCUUUCUACAACACUAAGGCCAGGCAGUGGAUGGCACUCCCAGACUUCCCUGAUUACCACAAGUGGGGCUUCUCCCUGGCAACCCUCAACAGCGAUGUCUACGUCACAGGUGGCUCACGGGGCACCAAAACAGAUACCUGGUCGACCACCCAAGCCUGGUGCUUCCCGCUGAAGGAAGCUGUCUGGAAGCCUGUGGCACCCAUGCUGAAGGCCCGCACGAACCAUGCCAGCACAGCACUGAAUGGAGAGAUCUAUGCCAUCGGUGGCACCACCCUGGACGCAGUAGAAGUAGAGCGUUACGAUCCCUAUACCGACAGUUGGGCUCCUGUCCGUCCGGCCCUCAAGUAUGUCAGCAACUUCUCGGCUGCCAGCUGCCAGGGCCGCCUCUACCUGGUGGGCUCCAGUGCCUGCAAGUACAACAUGCUGGCUCUCCAGUGCUACAGCCCUGUGACAGAUGUCUGGAGUGUCAUUGCGUCACCUUUCCUGCCCAAGUACCUGUCCUCUCCACGCUGUGCUGCUCUCAAUGGAGCCCUGUAUCUCAUCGGUGACAACACUAAGAAGGUCUACGUGUAUGACCCGGGGGCCAACCUCUGGCAGAAGGUGCAGUCUCAGCACAGCCUACACGAGAACGGCGCAUUAGUGCCUCUGGGCGACCUGCUGUAUGUGACAGGUGGCCGCUGGCAAGGCAUGGAUGGAGACUACCACGUGGAGAUGGAGGCCUAUGACACCGUGAGAGACGCCUGGGCCCGCCACGGCUCCCUUCCCCGUCUCUGGCUCUACCAUGGGGCAUCUACCAUCUUUCUGGACAUCUCCAAGUGGACGCAGCCCUUCAGCCCCACUGCCCCUCAGGAGCACUAGGGAGCACUCUGUUCCUCGUUGUCCUGCAAAAUGUCCACCCCUAUGCUUGUCCUCUGACUACUGUGAAUUGCUGCCCCCUCCAGGGCACGAGCUGGGCUCAGUAUCAGAUGGCACAGCUCUGGAGGCUACCAACUUUGCCACCAGUUGUAAGAGUGAGACUCUGAUACUCAACUCACAGUGGGGGAGAGAGCGUUCUGCUGUCCCUGAAGACUUCAGAGAAAGCUGAGGGGUCCUGGACUACACCCUCAGAGAAAAAAGACCCCUUGGUGGCAGCUCUUCUUGCUCUAUCCAGCUGUGGUUUGCAGGGAAGCUGUGCAAAUGAGGAGCAAAUGAGGAUGUUCCAAAAAUGGAACAUCCAGAACCCUGAGCCAGGGCCUCGAGCUUGGAUACCCACCCUAGAGCAUGCCGCGACCUGCUCUUUGACCAUGCCCACAGCUUCCUCUCCUCUUUCCUCAGAUUCCACAUUCACCCCACAUGGGGUGGUUGGAUGAAAGCCAGGCUCUCCCCAUCUCUAGCCUCUGUGUGUUGACACUGUGUUUACAUAGCUGCUUCUGGGAUGAAGGUGGUCCUGCCGGACCACGGGUACCUCUGACACCAGGAAAGCAGCUCCUGAAGAGACACUAGGAAGGCAGGGGAUGCUGUACAGGACAGGAGAGUGGUUCUCAGCCUUCCUAGUGCUGCAAUCCUUGAAUACAGUCCCUCACGCUGUGGUGACCUCUGACCAUAAAAUUGUCUUCAUUGUUACUUCAUAACAAUAAUUUUGCUACUGUUGCGACUGUAAAUAUCUGAUAUGCAGAAUAUCUGAUAAACAAGUAUAUAUCUGAUAUGCGGGGUAUUUCA